GAAUGCCUUCUAUAAAAUCCAUAGAGAUUGAUGACCAAGACCUCACUGGUAUUGGACGAGGUUGCAGUAAGCCUGUAGGUGCAACAUUUUCUGACUUGUAUUUUUGACAGGUGGAACAUUCUUUUGUCCAACGCUUAAGGUCAUUUGACAGUCCCUUCCAAUACAAUAGACUGCCCAUUCUCCUAUUGGUAGCAUGGAUACCAGAGUGCCCUCCCAAAGCACUUGCAUGGAAUAGCUAGAAUAGUUCUUGCCUGAGGUUAUUUUCAUCACCUACCACGAUUUUGCCUUUCCUUCUAAGGAAUCUACCAUCCCAGCUGUACUUUGGGUGCUUAGCUCCCUGUUGUUGCACCUUGAGACAUAACUUGUGUGUUUUUGAAUCCUUUAGGUAAGAAGCUUGGACUCUUGCAAGUAGUUGAGAGCUAAUGGCACUGCUAGUGAUUUGAAAGAGCGUGGGUGUUUUACUUGAAGAGAUUUGAGAUUAAUUUAAGACGAGACGUGGGGAUUUUUUUUAAUUUAAAGGUUUGGUUUUUUUUUUUUUUUUUUAAUUUGAGAUUUGGGAACGUGAGUCCCAAAUUGAUAAAGGGCAUUAUCGCCCAACUGAAAACUACGGGCCAGCGUAAACUUGCCUACUGUUCUUAUACGGAUACGGUUCCGACUUAGAUUACCUUUCCCCCUUUUCUUUCUGACAUUCAAACCCCUGCAUAUGCAAAACCUCCCUCAGUUUUAUUUUUAUAUUAAAUUUACAGCUUCAUUUUCUCAUUUUUGCCCUUUGAUAUUCCGCUUCUGCUUCUUUUUCCAGGUUCUGGCUUUAUUUAUACCAAGCCUAAAGUUAGACAUGAUAAAACCCAGUAUAUGUAAAACCCAGAGAAGAUAUCACCUUGUUUGUCGGUUUAUACAUGGCUGUAAUGUGGAGACAAGUUUAGGAUUUUUCGUAGAAAACGAUGCCCGGUCUUAUUAUGGAUGAUAAUAAAGAAGAAGCAGAUGUGAAUGAAGUGAAUGGGACUUCAUCACAUAUUAAGGAAAAUGUGGUUUUGAAUAAGUCCCCUAAGAGCGCAAGACUGCAAAGCCUUCGUGGUGCAGAAUCUGCUCUUCACCUCAAUAAUGGGAUGAAUCAGGCUGACACCUCCAUUGAGCAGCUUUACGAGAAUGUGUGUGAUAUGCAGAGUUCUGAUCAGUCACCCUCAAGGCAGAGCUUUGGAUUAGGUGAAGAGUCUAGGAUUGAUUCGGAAUUGUGCCAUCUUGUUGGAGGAGAGAUGAGAGAAGUUGAAAUAAUGCAAGUAGAUAUAGAUAAACCAGAAGAUGAUAGUAAUAGUAAUUCCUCUUCUAAGAAGGGAGGCUCGUCUAGUGGUAAGAAGUCAGGGUUGUUGGACAAGAGCCAAUCUGCAAGUGCAAAAUCCAUUUCUCCAGAUCAUGUCAGGAAAUCGUCUCAAUCACAAAUGGUCUCUGAAGUAUCAACAAAACUCAGUCUUAAGGGAAAAAGUCCACCUGAGAAACCUCCCAUUAACAAGCGGAACAAUAAGAUUCUGAAGAAAUCAAACACAGGAAUUGUAUCCAUGAAGAAAGGGAAAGGGUCGAAGUUACAAAAUGGAACUGAGGAUGCUUCCGAGUCGUGGUUAGGUAGUCCUGAUCUUGGACCAUUUUUACUCAAGCAAGCUAGAGAUUUGGUUUCUGCAGGAGACAAUCCCCAGAAAGCUCUUGAAUUGGCACUUCGAGCGGCAAAAUCAUAUGAACUUUGCGCGAAUGAGAAACCCAACUUAGAACUGGUCAUGUGUUUGCAUGUUACUGCAGCAAUAUUUUGCAGCUUAGGCCAGUACAAUGAGGCAAUUCCUCUUCUUGAACAAUCAAUUGAGAUUCCACUGAUUGAGGAAGGCCAGGAGCAUGCCCUCGCUAAAUUUGCUGGUUAUAUGCAGUUGGGUGACACUUAUGCAAUGCUAGGAGAGCUUGAGAACUCAAUAACUUGUUACACCACUGGCCUUGAAGUCCAGAAACAAGUUCUUGGAGAAACAGAUCCCAGAGUUGGUGAGAUCUGCAGGUAUUUGGCUGAAGCUCAUGUGCAGGCAUUGCAAUUUGAUGAAGCUCAGAGGCUAUGUCAAAUGGCUCUUGACAUUCACAGAGAAAAUGGUUCAUCAGCUCUUCUUGAAGAGGCAGCAGAUCGGAGGCUCAUGGGUCUCAUAUGUGAAACAAGGGGAGACCAUGAGGCAGCUUUGGAACAUCUUGUUUUAGCCAGUAUGUCCAUGGUGGCAAAUGGCCAGGAGGCAGAAGUGGCUUCUGUUGAUUGCAGCAUUGGAGAUGCAUACCUAUCUUUGUCUAGGUAUGAUGAGGCUGUUUUUGCCUAUCAGAAAGCACUCACAGCUUUUAAGACAACCAAAGGAGAGAAUCAUCCAGCAAUUGGAUCAGUUUUUGUCCGGUUGGCUGACUUGUAUAACAGGACAGGGAAAUUAAGGGAAUCAAAAUCAUACUGUGAGAAUGCUCUCCGAAUCUACGAAAAACCCACGCUUGGGAUUCCUCCAGAAGAAAUUGCAAGUGGCCUCACAGAUGUUUCUGCUAUCUAUGAAUCAAUGAAUGACCUUGAUCAGGCAAUCAAGUUGCUACAGAAGGCCUUAAAAAUAUACAAUGAUUGCCCUGGUCAGCAAAGUACAAUUGCUGGAAUUGAAGCACAGAUAGGAGUAAUGUAUUACAUGCUGGGGAACUAUUCAGAAUCUUACAACUCCUUCAAAGGUGCCAUUUCAAAGCUACGUGCAUGUGGACAGAGGAAAUCUGCCUUCUUUGGCGUUGCUCUCAAUCAGAUGGGGCUAGCUUGUGUCCAAUGCUACGCUAUACAUGAGGCUGUCCAGUUGUUCGAAGAAGCCAAGAGCAUAUUGGAGCAAGAGCUCGGACCGUACCACCUUGAUACACUUGUUGUUUAUAGUAAUCUUGCAGGCACUUAUGAUGCAAGUGGCAGAUUUUUUAAUCUUCUUACCGUGAUUGCUGUGAUAUAUGGUGUCAACAGGUUGGAUGAUGCCAUUGAAAUAUUGGAGCAUGUUGUUCAAAUGAGAGAGGAAAAACUGGGGACUGCUACUCCUGAGGUUUAUGAUGAGAAGAAAAGGUUAUCUGAAUUAUUAAAAGAAGCAGGAAGAGUUCGGAGCAGGAAAGCCAGAUCAUUAGAAACCCUUCUCGAUGCCAACCCUCAUAGUUUAAAUGGUGAAGGAAUUAAGGUGUGAUAAGGAUGAAUUUAUGUAUUUAUGAUUGAAGAUAGUGUAUUAUAGGACCCAUUAAACUGAAAGAAUGGAAGAAAAGAAAAUAAAAAAUAAAAAUAGAUUUUUUUAUUGGCAUGGGAAGAAUAUAAAGGGUGGUUGGGAGGGAUGAAAUAACUAUCUGGAGAUUUUGCUGUACUAUUUGUUGUAAUCCUAUAUUGAUUGAAGGUUGCUUUUAAUUAUAUUCUAAUAAUUUGUGAUGUUAUUUCUAUAAUAAAA